GGGGAGAGGAGGCAGCGGCUGAGGACUUUUUGCAAACUAGGGGAAUCCGGCACAGGAGGAAGGCGAUCCACUGGUCCAGGUGGAGGCUGUUUGGAGAGGAAGGAAGGAUGAGGGGAGAGCCGGAAUCCGUUGGUCGAGAAGCAAGAGAAGGCCCUGAUGCCACCGAGGCUUGGAGCGGAAGGGACAUGGUGGAAGGAACCAUGCAGAAGAGCCUGGGAGAGGAUUUUCCCCCUUCAGAUGUGGAGUGCCAGCAAUUCAGGCACUUCCGCUACCAGGAGGCCGAAAGGCCCCGAGAGGUUUGCAGCCAACUCCACCAUCUUUGCCAGCAGUGGCUGAAGCCAGAAAGCCACAGCAAGAAGGAGAUCCUGGACCUGGUGGUCUUGGAGCAAUUCCUGGCUGUCCUGCCCCCGGAGAUGGAGAGCUGGGUCAGGGAAUGUGGGCCAGAGACCAGUUCCCAGGCGGUGGCCCUGGCAGAAGGCUUCCUCCUGAGCCAGGCAGAUGCCAAGAAUCAGGAGCAGCAGGUACAGAAAAACAUUGUGCAGGAGCAUUACCACGGAGGAACUUUUCUGGGCGAUUCCUUGAAACCAAUGAAGUAUUCUUUCCCACCUCUUUGCGAUGGAGAGAAAGCAGCUCCUCUAUGGUCAGGUGGGGCUCUGGUGACCUUUGAGGAGGUAUCUGUGCAUUUCACUGAGGAGGAGUGGGCUUUGCUGGAUCCAGGGCAAAGAAGCCUUCACGAGGAAGUCAUGGGGGAUAAUUAUCAAGCUGUGGCCUCUCUGGGAGGACUUCUGGUUGCCAGACCUGACUGUCUUUCCAUGCUGCAAGGAAAAAGAAGCCUGGUUUUGCAGGACUCAGAAGAAAGAGAAAGAUCAGCUGAGGCUGUUGGUCCCCAUAAAAAGCCUAAGAAAGAACCUCAUCAGCUCCCAUUGAAAAGGGAACAGCAAAGAAGAAGGAGUAGAACAAGAUGGCAGAGAAGGAACGAAUCAUCUGCUUCUCAGGGUGCUGAAUCCCAGGACAUCCUGCCAUACCAUGGAAGAAUCACUUGCCCCAUGUGUAGAAAAGAAUUCCUUUACCAAUCACUGUUUGAUAUACAUUGGAGAAAACACACAGGGGAUAAACCACAUCAAUGUGUGGACUAUGGAAAGACCUUUGCUCAGAGUUCGCAGCUUACUGAGCAUCGACGUAUCCAUACCAGGGAGAAACCAUAUAAGUGUGAGGACUGCGGAAAGAGCUUUGCUCGUUGUUCAAAACUUAUUGUCCAUCGAUGUAUACGUUCAAGGGAAAAACUUUUUAAAUGGGUGGACUGUGGAAAGAGAUUUGCUCAGAGUACGAAUCUUGCUGUCCAUCGACGUAUCCAUACAGGGGAGAAACCUUUUAAAUGUGUGGUCUGUGGAAAUACUUUUGCUCAGCAUAUGCAGCUUACUGCUCAUCGACGUAUUCAUACAGGGGAGAAACCUUUUAAAUGUAUGGAUUGUGGAAAGAGCUAUACGCGGAGUACGCAGCUUACCGUCCAUCGACGUAUCCACAGAGGGGAGAAACCUUUUAUAUGUGUGGACUGUGGAAAGAGCUAUACUUGGAGUACGCAGCUUACUGUCCAUCGACGUAUCCAUACAGGGGAGAAACCAUAUAAGUGUGAGGACUGUGGAAAGAGCUUUGUUCAGAGUACAGCACUUACUGUCCAUCGACGUAUCCAUUCAGGGGAGAAACCUUUUAAAUGUGUGGACUGUGGAAAGAGCUUUGCUCAGAGUACGCAGCUUAUGGUCCAUCGACGUAUCCAUUCUGGGGAGAAACCUUUUAAAUGUAUGGAUUGUGGAAAGAGUUAUGCUUGGAAUUCAAGCCUUACUGUCCAUCAACGUAUCCAUACAGGGGAUAAACCAUAUAAGUGUGAGGACUGUGGAAAGAGCUUUGUUCAGAGUACAGCACUUACUGUCCAUCGACGUAUCCAUUCAGGGGAGAAACCUUUUAAAUGUGUGGACUGUGGAAAGACCUUUGCUCAGAGUACGAAGCUUACUGUCCAUCGACGUACGCAUUCUGGGGAGAAACCUUUUAAAUGUAUGGAUUGUGGGAAGAGUUAUGCUUGGAAUUCAAGCCUUACUGUCCAUCGACGUAUCCAUACAGGGGAUAAACCAUAUAAGUGUGAGGACUGUGGAAAGAGCUUUGUUCAGAGUACAGCACUUACUGCCCAUCGACGUAUCCAUUCAGAAGAGAGACCUUUUAAAUGUGUGGACUGUGGAAAGAACUUUGCUCGGAAUAAGCAUCUUACUGUCCAUCGACGUAUCCAUUCGGGGGAGAAACCUUUUAAAUGUGUGGACUGUGGAAAGAGCUUUGCUUGGAAUACGCGUCUUACUGUCCAUCGACGUAUCCAUUCAGGGGAGAAACCAUUUAAAUGUGUGGACUGUGGAAAGUGCUUUACUUGGCAUGCACAGCUUACUGUCCAUCGACAUAUCCAUACAGGUUAGAAACUAUGUAAGUGUGAGGGCUGUGGAAAGAGCUUUGCUUAGAGUACAGCAUUUUACAUCCAUCAAUAUAUCCAUUCAGGGAAAAAGCCAUAUAAUUGUGAGGACUGUGGAAAGCGCUUUGUUCAGAGUACAGAUUUUAACGUCCAUCAACAUAUCCAUUCAGAGCAGGAACCAUAUAAAUCUGUGGACUGUGGAAAAAGCUUGUUCAGAGUGCAUACCUUGCUGUCCAUCAGUGUAUCCAUAUAGGGGAGAUACCAUAUAAGUGUGAGGGUUGUGGAAAUAUUUGCUCAGAGUAUGCAGCUUACUGCCCAUCAGCAAAUCCAUAAAGGGGAGAAACGAUACUACUGUGCAGAGUGUACAAACAGCUUUGCUCAGACUUUGGGUCUUAUUGUCCAUCGAUGAACCCACACUGGAGAAAAUCCAUAUAAAUAUCAAGACUGUGGAAGAAACUGAUAUCUAAAGAGUUAUGCUGUUUCGUAUAAAAAUAUUCACAUAAGAGAGAAAACAAUCUUUUCAAGUUGUGUGCAGUGCAACCUUCUUUUAAGUUGGGUGUGUGUGCGCGAGGGACACAUGUUAUAUUUCUUUUAUGAUGGAAAUUUUUAAAAUCAUUUUUAAACCAUGUUGAUCUAUGUGGAAAAGGUGGGUUAUAAGUGCUUUAAUAAAUAAUUAAAUAAUAAAUAAAUGCUUCCACUGUGGGAACAGCUUCAGCCACAGCCCCUCUAUUACCAGGUGUCCUGAAGUCCAUGCAGGGAAGCCAGCUUGCAUCCUAUCAGAGGUGUCAGAAGAAAGGCAAACUGUAUAAAUGUUAGUGUCUAGUGUUACCGUUUCAUGGUAACCUUGAGAUUUGACUACUGUACGUAGAUCUCCCUUCUAAGUUAACUUGGAGACUCCAGUUGGUGCAAGACGAGCAAGAGCAUGCAUAUUUCUCUCAUUGUGCAGUCACAAAGGUUUUGACUAUCACGUACAAAGCCCUUCUUGAACUUGGUCCAUCAUUUCUAUGGGAUCACUUCUUUCCCCGUGUUCCACCAUGGCAUCUUUGCCCAUCUAAACAGGGCCUUCUGCAAGUGCCCCUACCCAUCGGAAAAAUCAACAGUUGCCAAUACACGUGCAUUCUCUGUCAUGACCUCCACUUUAUGGAACGACCUUCCUGAAGAGGUCAGGAAAGCCCCCACUCUCCUGGCUUUUCACAAACAAUCCAAAGCUGAAUUAUUCAAGAGGGCUUUUUCAAGAGGGCUUUUUACCCAGUUUGGUGUAGUGGUUAAGAGCACGGGACUCUAAUCUGGAGAGCUGGGUUUGAUUCCCCACUCCUCCUCUUGAAGCCAGCUGGGUGACCUUGGGCGAGUCACAAUUAUCUGGAGCUCUCUCAGCCCCACCCACCUCACAGGGUGAUUGUUGUGGAGUAAUAAUAAUACUUUGUAAACCACUCUGAGUGGGCAUUAAGUUAUCCUGAAGGGCGGUAUAUAAAUCGAAUGUUGUUGUUGUUGUUGUUGUUAUUAUAACUCAAAUAUAAAGGCUGUCAUAUAAGGAAGCAUUGUCGAAGAGAUGCGUCUGUAAAGGUAUGGAGGGUGACUAUAGUUUUUACUACUGUUGGUGUAAGUAUGAUCCUUCCAGGUUGUUCCCGUGUUC